AUCAGUCAAGUUUUCGACUUCUUUCCAAUUAGAACAUCAAAAUAAUUGAUUUUGAGCUAUUUCAUCUUCCUGCAUUUAAACAGUUAAAAAACUUCUAGGAAACAUAGUCGAAAGGUAUAAGACUUGGCUUCUUUUUCAGCAAUACGAAUCGUCAAAGCUUCAUUAGUAUAUCGAUCAGUGUGAACCAAUAUUACUACAUCCUCUCUGGUAACCCCUACGAGAAUAAAAAACAACCAGAACCAUCAUGUGCUCCAAAGGAAAGCUGUUCUGCAUCCUCGCAACACUCAUCGCUUACUGCAUGGUUGUCGACGCAAAUCCCGUCAAGCUCUCAGGCCGCCACCCAAGACACGCCAAGGCCCAACAUGCGAUUCCUCCACCGGCUGAACAGAACAUGUUUGACGCUCCCUUGAACCAGAUGGACGCCGGCGGCAGCGCAGGUGACAGCAGUUCCUCUGGUGAGUCAUCAGCGGAAGGCGAUGUCAGUGCUGAGGGAGCUGAUGUCGGCGACUACGGUGAUGGCGUAGAGCCAAUGGGUAACCGUCACAACGACCGUGCCCAUGGAGGAAAGCUUCCAAUCUUUGGCAGUCCCAAUGGUGAGAACCCUGGAAUGGAACCACUUAAGAAGGCAUCGACGUCCAGUUCAAGUGUCGGCAUCGCCUUCGCCGUGCUCGCUCUGAUCGGUGCCGCUGUCGGAGUGUCUGUGUAUGUCAUCAAAAGAAAUAAGCUCCGUAUUCCUUUCAUCAAGAUGACCAACUGUUAGAGCAGCUAAGUGAUUAACCAAAAUCAGGUGCCUUUCGUAUUAAAAUGUUGUCCAUGAUACAUGUGUUUACGUGCUGUCAGUUGAUUUUCAGGAUAUAAGUCCAUUUUUAGAAAUGCAGUUUUCUUAAUCAUGUUUAUUUAAAAAUAAUAUACAACAACAUUAGUUUUUUUUUAAAUGUUUUAUUGUUUUUCUUUCAAAUCAAAUUCAUACAAUGCAGUUCACAAAGGAAAAAUUGUAAAAAAAAAAUAUUCGAACCAAUUACUUAAACUCAUGUAAUAUUGUUUAAAGAAGCUGUAUCAUACCAGAUGAAGUAUCACAAUUUAAUGACUCACAAAUAUCAGAGAAAAAAAUUAUGAAAGUACAGCCGAUUUUCUACAUUCCCCAUCCUUACCCACCCUCCCCAUUCCUCUAUGAUGAUAGGGGCGAUCAGAUAAGAUAUACAGGGAUGAGAUUUGAGAAAAUAAGACAUAAUUACCGUAGUACAGACCUUACAAAGAUGUGUGGCAUUUUUACAUUUUUGGUUUAGUGUAAACACAUUCAAUUAAAAAAAUGUCGUUAGAAUUGAGAAAUAAAUAAAACACGUUUCUGAGAUCAUCAUUAAAAAACACACAUUUUAAAUAGGUAUAUACCUUAAAGCGUGUGGACAAUCAUGUUUUCCGCUAAUUUCAAUUAAAGAAACACGCUAGGAUCACACACACUAGUGCACUUUAGAUACAGAAUGGAGAUAGCAAGAAUAAUGCAAUGCCGACCUACAGAUGAGGGCGUCCCCCUUUAAUACGUCAUCCAUCAUGGCCACAUCGCAGAUGUGAUUUAUCUUUAUCUUAAAUGAUCUAAAAAUUUCAAGAACAACAGAUUUAUUAUUUAUAAAUAUCAGAUUGUUAUAAAACCUAUAAUCUCACAUUCGAAUUUUGUCAUAACAGUUUUAACAUAACGAAGCAGUUUUGUAUAAGUUGGAUAACCCAGGAACAAUAUAUUUUGGACAUAUUUCAUCAACUGCAAUGGGAAGAAUUAUAAAGCGAUUGAAAAAUGUGACCAACAUAGCACAUAACAUGCAUCAUACCAAUCCUAUUCUGCCAUGUCCGCAAUUUGUCAAAGCUGAUCACGUGAUAAAACCUAAAAUCGCCUACCAACCACCAACAAGAGAGUUUUAUAUAUUGUGUGGUGUUAGAAUUUUUGUGUUUUGAUAGUCUAUCCAUUAUCCAUUAAGUCACAAUACUUUGACUAUGUUUGGAAUACUGAAUGAGAAAUAUGUUGCUCUGUCACAUAUCUCUGAAAGUGCGUUGCAUUAUGCGUAAUAAACUUAAUCGUUAACCAUCUUAUCUUGGGUUCAAAAUAUCCACGUUCGACAAUAUCAUUCUCGUGAAUUUGGAAAUGCGUUUUACUUUGACUGAGAAGCAUUCGUUUAUUUUUUUCUUCAUCGCUUCAGAGUUUUAAUAUGAAAUAUAAAUGUGGAAUAUUAAGUGUAUUCUAGCUUUUCUUCCAGAAGAAACAUGCUAUCACCUAAUUUCAGAUAGCCUUUGAAGCGAUGAUUUUUCAUAUUAAUUGCUUUAAACUUACUAUUUGGUUACUCACAUAUAAGAAUGAUAGGCCUAUAUGGAUUUGUAGUAUUAUAAUUUUUAUAUUUUCUCCAAGCAUAAACAUUCUUGAUAAAAAAAAAUCACGGAAACUCUCACUGACGUGUGUAUGUGGGACGAUAUAAGCAUAAGAUGUUUAUCUUUUUAAUAACUAUCAUUUUAAUUGUAAUGGUCAUAUUUGCAGGUAUAUGUACUUGCUUAUAUUUCUAGUUAAUACAACCAAGCCAAAGAUCAUACCCAUAAUCAGUUGAUUUUGAUGGAUAAUUUUACAAACUUAUUGACGAUAUUGAACACGUAUUUUGAUAACUUGUGCUAGAACACAGUCAGUAUCUAUUGUCAAUAGGUUUUGGCCAUAAUAAUUCUAGUUUCACAGAAGAUAAGCUACUUGAGCAGGUCUAUCGACAUGUAACAUGGGUCUAGUGCUAACAAUUAAUAUCGAUGAAUCAUGCAGACAGUUUAAACUGGCAACGACCUCAGAAAAUGCAGCUAAGCAGUGUUGUCAAAAUGUCGAGCCACAUUAUUAGUAUAAUGGUUGGAUAUGUUCCAAUAUACUUAACAAGGUCAGAGAAACCAGUCUAAGCAUUAGACAUUGCAGGAAAAUACAUUGAUUAUGAGUAUUUUUCCAUACGAUAAAUACGAUAUUUCAGGAUUUUUCCUCUUAUUGGCCAGCACACAAUUCAUUCCGAAGCAUUUAAUUUGACACGUACGUUUAAAUCUGUUGAAACAGGUUAUUAAUUGUAGCGUCUCUGUUUUGUAUGAUUAGUCAUUAUUGACAUGAUUGAUGUGAUUGAUUAAUUUCGUGCCAAGUCGAGUCUUUCAUGUCUUUGAAAGACUGUUUUUGUUUAAUUAUUUUCUAUCUCGACACGUUGUAUGCUGCACUGAACAUGUUGAAUAAUUAUUGUAUAUUUAUGUCGGAUAUAUAUGUAUAUAUUCCUAAAAGUUCGUUUUAUUGUGAAAUUAUGAAAUGCAAUAAAUUAUUGA